AUGAAAAGUAUAAUACAAGUCAAGACUAUACGGUAUUUUAGAGCUGGAAGUUCGGAAAACUCGCCAUCCCCAGAACCUGCCCUUCCACCAACUCUCAACAACAACCAAAAUUUUAUAAAGAACCCCAAACAUUUUCCAUUCCUAAAUCUAAAUCUAGAAACUUCGGAGGUUCUCUCAGAAUCUUCAGAUUCCUUCGAACUUUUUUUAAAACAAAUCCAAGAAAAUGGCGCUCCGGAGUUCGUAACUCAAAAAAAUGUGCUCACAAGAAUAGCGACGUCUUCUGAUCCCUCUUCAGAAUCAUCCGAAGGAAUUCGUGUGUUUCGAAAAUCCGGAGUAACUUUUCUAUGGUCCGGGGAAAAACAAGAAGAGGACUGCUGCCAGAAAAAAUAUGAGAAACUUUUCAAGGAUUAUUUUCUGGGAACUUCUGAACAAAAAGUAUUCGGAAUCUUCGAGGCCACAAUCCCUGGAGGAGCCAAAGUUUAUUAUUUCGGAGAAGUGGAUGGAAGAGACGCCAAUCAGCAACACUUGGCUUUCCGAGUAGUGCGAUAUGCCACCACAACUCUGAAUUUUUGGAAAGAGAAAAGCUGUGAAUUUUUCUGGGAUUGUGUUUUUGGCAACGUGCCAAUUUUAAUGCUGGGAACCAGGACAGGAACGAUGGACGAUGAUCCAAAAACCAGGGAGCCUCUUUGCUAUUCCGAGCUGUCGGUCUACAAGCUAGAAAAUCUGCCCCAAGAGAGCAUUCCCUCAUUAGCGUCCACUUUUGCGGACAAAUCCAAGGGAAAGUUUGUCCCUUGGUCGAUCAUGGACGGCGAAAGUGAGCUCCAAGAGUUUUUCCGACUAGUCCAGGCUACAGUAACCCAAGAAGAUGCAUUUUUCACUUUUUCCAAGAAUGGAAGCUCUUGGAAAAUCAAAAACGUUACAGCUAAUGAUAUGGAUUAUUGUGAUCUGAUUUCUACAAUUUUUUCUAAUUAG